UUUCUUUCUGAUUUGUAAGUAGCCUGUGAAUUGCUCCCUUCCUACAGGCUUAAUCAAUUAAUUCUACACAGGAAGACUGAUGUGACUGUGAACACUGAACACAUUUUAUAUCCUUAAAUGUCUUGUUGUAACAUAGAGUAUCAAGCCUUAAACCAGUGAUUCCCAAACUUUAGUGUGAAUAGAAUCACUUUGGAGGUAUGUUUAAAAUGCAUAUUAUCAGAUUAUUCAGUGAGUCUGACCUGUGGUCCAGGGAUCUUCAUUUUUAAAAAUUCAAUAUUUCGAUAUUGUUAAUAAAGAGACCACCCUUUGAGAAACACUGUUUUAAGCCCUUUAGCCUGGCAUGCAAGAUUUUUGGAUGAUCUGUUCCCAGAUUAUUUAUUUGCAUAUGUUCCCCUAUGUGAAAAUUGCUCUUGCUGAAAUUGUCUACUUACUAUUUCCUAAGUAACAUGUAGACAAACUCAUCUCUAAGCCAUUCUGGCUAAAAGUACUCUAUAAAUGUAAGAUGGUAGUAUGCCAUUUUUCUCUCUUGGCAUUUCUUCUACUUCCCACUUUGUCCAAAUCCUGAUUUCCCUUUAAGAUACAACUCUUCCCUUCUUUUUCAUGAAAUCUUCCCUGACCAUUUUAAGCAUUUUGAGUUUUUUCUCCUCUCUGACCCUAAGCACUCAUAUCCAGGCUUUCGGCAUUUCCUGCAUUGUUGAGUUUUGUUUUAUUUUUGUGUGAGUAAUCUCAAAUUGAACAAUUAUUUGUUGGCAGGGAUUUUGCCUCAUAUGUAUUUUUUAUCUUCCACAGGACCUGUGUGGAAAUAAAAACGAAUGCCCAUAGCCUCAUUAGUCUUGGCUGUUUUGAAGAACUACAGUGAAAUAUUCACUGGACAUUCAGUGAAUAUUUUUAGAAAUUAAAUCAAUCUGUUCAUCCUGUUCACUCUGUCCAUAUAGCCUUUAUAAUUCUGUAGACUUUGUUUAUAUAAUCUCUAAGUCUUGGUUGUUGUAGGUUGAAGAGGUCCUCAUCUUUUUAGUUUAUCCUCAUGGUAUUACUUCACCCCAUGUUUGUUAUUCUAUAGAUUAUUUAUGGAUUAUCAGCAGCUCUAAUUUCAUGCACUAGUCCAGCUAAGGAUUAUUAGUGUUAGAGUUUUCUGAUAAAUUUUAGACUUUUAUGGGAAGGAUGCCUUACAGAAUUAAGCAGAUGCCCUUUAGAGUAUGGUAAUUUCUAGUUUGACGUAUUGUAGGUCUCUCCCUUAACGGUUCCAAGCAACUGAUCAGAUCCCUGACUUAGACCCAGAUUUAGACCCUAAUAUCCUGAGUUGUUUCUCCAAUGGCUAGAACUUAAGGCUGACACUGGGGAAAGGGGGUUUCUGCAUCUCCCCAGCCUGGAUUUGAUCCCAGCCCUGUUGAGUAGCAGUUUUAGAGAUGCUUCUCCUUUAUUUCUGCGUAAACCAGCCUCCUGAGAAAAAGAAUGACAACAUAAUCUGGGAAAAAGGAAGAGUGCUCCAUGUGCAUCCCUCUUGAAGCUUCGCACUCUGUUGAAGAGGACACUCAUCCCAGUCAUUAUUUAGAAGCCAGGUCCUUGAAUGAGAGAGAUUAUCGGGACCGGAGAUACAUUGAUGAAUACAGAAAUGACUACUGCGAAAGAUAUGUUCCUAGACGUUAUCACAGAGACGUUGAAAGCGGUUAUCGAAUCCACUGCAGUAACUCUUCAGUCCGAAGCAGGAGAAGCAGUCCUAAAAGGAAGCGUAAUAGACACUGUUCAAGUAAUCAGUCACGUUCGAAGAGCCACCGAAGGAAAAGAUCCAGGAGUAUAGAGGAUGAUGAGGAGGGUCACCUGAUCUGUCAAAGUGGAGACGUUCUAAGAGCAAGAUAUGAAAUCGUGGACACUUUGGGAGAAGGGGCCUUUGGCAAAGUUGUAGAGUGCGUUGAUCAUGGCAUGGAUGGCAUACAUGUAGCAGUGAAAAUCAUAAAAAAUGUGGGACGAUAUCGUGAAGCAGCUCGUUCAGAAAUCCAAGUAUUAGAGCAUUUAAAUAGUACUGAUCCCAAUAGCAUCUUCCGAUGUGUCCAGAUGCUAGAAUGGUUUGAUCAUCAUGGUCAUGUUUGUAUUGUGUUUGAACUCCUGGGACUUAGUACCUAUGAUUUCAUUAAAGAAAAUAGCUUUCUGCCAUUUCAAAUUGACCAUAUCAGGCAAAUGGCAUAUCAGAUCUGUCAGUCAAUAAAUUUUUUGCAUCAUAAUAAAUUAACCCAUACAGAUCUGAAGCCUGAAAAUAUUUUAUUUGUGAAGUCUGACUAUGUAGUCAAGUAUAAUUCGAAAAUGAAACGCGAUGAACGCACACUGAAAAACACAGAUAUCAAAGUUGUUGACUUUGGAAGUGCAACAUACGAUGAUGAACAUCAUAGUACUUUGGUAUCUACACGGCAUUAUAGAGCUCCAGAGGUCAUUUUGGCUUUAGGUUGGUCUCAGCCUUGUGAUGUUUGGAGCAUAGGUUGCAUUCUUAUUGAAUAUUACCUUGGUUUCACAGUCUUUCAGACUCAUGAUAGUAAAGAGCACCUGGCAAUGAUGGAACGUAUAUUAGGACCCAUACCAACACACAUGAUUCAGAAAACAAGGAAACACAAGUAUUUUCAUCAUAAUCAGCUAGAUUGGGAUGAACAUAGUUCUGCUGGUAGAUAUGUUAGGAGACGCUGCAAACCAUUAAAGGAAUUUAUGCUUUGUCAUGAUGAAGAACAUGAGAAACUGUUUGACCUGGUUCGAAGAAUGUUAGAAUAUGAUCCAAUGAAAAGAAUUACCUUGGAUGAAGCAUUGCAGCAUCCUUUCUUUGACUUAUUAAAAAAGAAAUGAAAUGGAAAUCAGUGGUCUUACUAUACUUCUCUAGAAGAGAUUAUUUAAGACUGUGUCAGUCAACUCUAAACAUUCUAGUAUUUUUAUAAACCUUAAAUUAUUUUGUACAGUUAAGUGUAAAUGCUGUAUGUUUUGUAUCAAUUGCAUAAUUAUCUUGUUAAGCAAAUAUGGUCUUGAUAAUGAAUGAAAUAUAAAAGCUAAAAUUAAUUUUCCUUUUUUGAGAUUAAUUACCAUUUUUAAAGACCUUUGGAAUAUCCUUUGUGUCCAGCGAUAAAUGUGAUUGAUCUUGCCUUUUGUACAUGGAGGUUGACUCUUGGAAGUGAUUUUUGUCUUUUGUUUUUUGGUUUUUUUUUUGAGUAAAAGGAAAUCUUGACUACUUCAUUCUUAAAUGAAUAUUCUUUAUAUACCUCAAACUUUUCUUAACUUGAAAAGUUUUUUCUGUAAUUGUUGAACAGGUAAUAAGUAUUAUUAACUCUAGGUAGGCAGGUAUUAGAAACCAAAACCCAUAGGAACUGUUUGCUGUUGGAAUUUCAUUAAAUUGUAAGUAUUGUGUUCUGUUUCAUUGGGUGAUGUCAGUGGUGGUAAGUAGCAUUCAUGGAAAGACAUCCAACUUGUGCAUCGUGAUAGGUUAAUAAAACCGCAUCACACUUCGUUUAAGAUUAAAGUCUAACUGGAAAGUUAGUUUGGGAAGUCUGUUUUCCAAUGGCUAUUUAUGUAGUUAGUCACAAACGUAGAAAUAGGAAUUCUGAUGACUGAGGUUUUUGUUUUUAGUGCCAAAUCUUCAGGAGUCUAGAAAUUGUCCAAUAUCUGUUUCCUUACCAUAUGAAGUAUAAAUACUUAAACCUCAGCCUAUGAGACUUUAAGGUUAUUAUUAAACAAUUUGUAUUUAUGUUACUCUUUAUUGGAAAAAAAAAGAUGAUUUGAUUGGAGAACACUUGGGAAGAAAACUGCAGAAAUUUCCAGACCCUGAUUGGUUAACAUAAUGAACUUUUUGUUUGUCUGUAGGUAUUUUUUUCUGUUUACCUGUUUUCACAUUAAAAACUACAUGGUAAAUGUUAAUUUAGUAAAAAAAACAAAAACUAUUGAUCAGUCUGCCGGGUAAAAAUACUUUUUGUUGUAGAAUUCAUGAUUGAUUAUCCAGAUAAAGGUUUUUUGUUAAAAGUA